AUCUCAAUACAUCACGUGACUUGGUUGUCGCCAUAUUGGAGCACAAGUCGAUACCAUUGUAUGGUGGGAACAUACCAGUGCUAUAUACUUUUAAAAUGCGUAAAAAAUAAAAUUUCAUGAAAACAUUGAUGUAAGACCAAGAUGGAGGUAUCUGAAACUCUGAAUGGCAACACAACAGGGGAAACCAUCAUGAAAGACCCUUCAGCAUUAGAGAAAGACAACUUAAAUCAAAAUGGCUACACAGAUGAUAAACUGGCAGAGAAAGUCAAUGGAAAUUCUGACCUGCAUAAUAAGAACACCUCAAAUGACAUCAAUGCUAUGGGUGACAUCAAUGCUAUGGAGACAUCAGAAAAUGAAACAAAUGAACAUGACAAUGGGCAUGAUGGGGAUGAAAAUCUAAACAAAGAAACACUAGAAACUCGACAGAAUGAAUUGAAAGUAGAAGACAAACUGAAAGUAGAGGAAGAACUGGACAAUUCAACUGCUACAUCAAAUAUUUCUGAUAUUAGUCCAUACGAAGAUAGUGAACAAUCAAUGGAUGUUGAUACAAAAGAAGAACUUGAUGAUAAAGGGGAAAGCGAUCAUGAUGAUGCUGUUAAGGAGAAAGAUGAUAUCCCUACAUGUUCUGGUAAAGAAGUUGAAACGGAUCAAUUUGAUGAAAUAACAGAGAAAUAUGAUAUGUCUACAUGUUCUGGUAAAGAAGUUGAAACAAAAAAUGGUGAAUUUGAAGAUGGGUCUGAAAAAGCAAAUUUGGAUGAAAAGGAAAUUAAAAACGCUGAAGAAAUAAACAAAGACCAAACAAAAUUGCAAGAUUCUGAAUAUCAAGUAUCAACCGGUGAUGAAAAAAUGAAGGACAUGAAAGAAGACCAUGAAGAUUGUGAGAAAGUAGAAUCAGAGCAAGAAAGCACAACUCUAGAUAAAGAUUCGUCUGAAAAUGGAGGUCAAGAUGAGGAUGCAAAUAAUUCAGCGAACAACUUGCUAACGAAAAAGAUAGAAAAUGUGUCUGAUGAGCUUAAAAUGAAUGGAGGGGAGAAAUCUGGUCAAGAAAAUGAAAGUCAGUCUAAAUCUAUUGAAAAGGUCACUGAUAUAGAUGGAUCUGAAAUUCUUAUAACAAUAAAUGAAGAAAUUGAGGACAGUGAAAGUGAAAAUGAAAUAAGUGCAAGCACAAGCGAUAGUAAGAAUAAAGAUAAAACUAAUGAUAAAGCAGAAAAAGAGGAAACAAAACAAUUAAAAGAUGAUUCUAAUAAAGACAAAAAAGAUUCUAAAGAAAUACAUGUAGUUGUUAUAAAUGAGAGUCCAGACAAAAAUGAAAAGAUGGUAGCUAAAGUUUCAAAACCUGUGAUAUUGCCACAACCGGCACCCAUGUUUAAAAGUAAACAAAUUAAACAGCCUCCAAUAGUUACUGGAGCAUCACAAGUUCGAUUUCCUGUUUUACCAGGAUCGUCUAUUCAGUAUUUUGUGCCAUCGAGCAUUCAGUCAAUGCCAAACACACAACAGAAGUAUAUUAAUGUUGGUGGACAGCAGAUUUUAAUAACUAUACCGACAUCUAGUAUGGGUACAGUUCUGAAUUCAUCAAUAAUUGGAAAUGCUGGAUCAUCAGUUUUAGGAAUACAAUCUAAACCAAGUCCUGCUAUGACUAUGGGAUUUCCACUUCCUAAUCAUAACAAAAAUCCUUUGGAUAAAACCAUUGAUGUUGAUAUUCCACAAGCUAGUUGGGAACAAUUAGAACUGAUUAAAUAUGAAGUGCUCAGUAGAAAACCAGACAAUGCAUUUUGGGGUGGUUUAGCGAAUGUUAGCAAAAAGGCAGAUUUAAGUUCAGCAUCAAAACUGCUCUUUGAUUUAGGAAGUGACCUCGUAAAAGAAUUAGCAUAUGAGCAAAUCGUUCAGGUUCAAAGGAAAAAAGAUGAGGCAGAUUUGUUGAACGCUAGUGAAAAGGAGAGUCUUCUAAGAAUGAAGAAAGUAGUUGAGGAGUUGAAAAAUAAACUUGAAUACCUACAUGAUAUACCAAAGCUAAAAUGUAAAUGUGGAUUUACCACUGAAUCUAAGAACGUUAUGUAUUUGCAUAAACAGUAUCCACAUGUGUCAUAUAAUACACCUGACAAGUCAGCUCUACUAAGCUGCCCUCAUUGUAAACAAACUUUCCAAGGAAAAAUUGCAGAAGACAUGUUCAAAGCUCAUAUUGAGAAGGAACAUAACAUUGUUGCAAGAUCUAACCACAAAUCCAACCUCUGGCCCUGUAAUUUAUGUUCGUUUGAAGGUGCAAAUAGAAACACGAUAAUGAAACAUAAGCUUAAGUGUGAGAAAAACUUUAAAGAGCAUAUAAAUCAGGCACCUCAUCAUGUCGACAUUAAUCUUAGCUUGAAAAAUAUUUUUUACAAAUUUCAAGUACAUAAUAAAAAACUUCAGUUACAACAGCAAGCUCAACAGGCAAGAAAAAUUGCUCAAAUAGAUAGACCAGACACUAGAGGAAUACCAAUUGCAAAACACCAACCCGCCAUAAUUAAGCCUAAAACAAACCAAUCUCAGGCAAAACCGCCACUUGUAGUUAAUCCAAAUCGUCCUAUUAUGACAUCUCAUUUUCAAGGACCAACUCCUGCAUCAACAGCAUAUGCAAUGCAAAGUGCAGGUACAAGAUUUGUUACUGCACCAGUACAGAAACAGCCUCAACCUUUGAAACCAGCAUCCGCAAAUAAACCCACUGUCAACCAGUUACUGCGAACACAACAAAAUGUAAAUGCAAAUACAAAUACAAGACCUGGAUUUGAGGUAUGCGAGAUAUGUGGGGGUUACGUUAAAGACAGAAUGUCACUGAGGAUACAUUUCUUUUACGCACACAAGAUAGAAAUGCCAGCUCAUGUAUUCAGUAAACCAUUAGCUCCUCUUUUUUGUAAUAUUUGUAAUGAACGUUUUUGGACAUCUCAGGGUUUCACAAAACAUAAAACCAGUGCUAAGCAUCUUCACACUGUGAAACAAAAUGCAUCUGCUACCAACCAAUGCUGGAUUUGUCAUCAAAAGCCUGAAAAUUUAUAUUCUCAUCUGCAUAAAUUCCAUCGCUUGACAACAGGAGAAUGUAUGGCAUUGAAGCGCUGUAUGUUUUGUGGUACAUUGUCACAAUCUCGUAAAGAAUUAGAACUUCAUAUGGCAGCAACCCAUGGUGUUUUAAUUAAAGGUGAGGAGAAUAAAGCGAGUACCAUUGCCCCUGGUAGUUCUGUAAUCAAGCCUCAACCACAGUCUAGUGCAGCUACAAAGAAUUUAUCCACAGUAGUUACUGGAGGAUCAUCUGGGAUGGUCAGAAAUAACUUUUGUGUCUUCUGUUCUAGCCAGUUUCAAGACAAUACCAAACUGACGUUACAUUGUCUAAGUGUACAUGCUACCUGUAAGAAAUGUGGAAUGGUUGUCAAUAAAAUGGCCGAUCUUGCCAGGCAUGUUUGUAAAAUGGCGAGCAAGACCUGUAAUAUUUGUGGUCUUAAGAACUUGAAACCAGCUGGUCUGCUCAAGCAUCUUGAAAGUCAUACCAAACCAUGCAGUGUAGCUCUGAAAAGAUUGAGUCCAUCUCAGAUUAAUAUAGCUACUGGUGGAAAGUUUAUGAGACUUGAUCCAAGAUUGAGAACUAGAAAUGCUAGGACAACAGCAAGUAUAAUCGAAGGAGAAAUUAAAAUGGAGCAAACAAAGGGUUUGACGGUAGCCAUGAAUUUUGAUAAGCCCAGAAAAGGCAAAGUAAUAAUUGAUUUGUCAGGGAAAACAGAUGUCAGAAAGGAAGAAGUUGUUAUCGAGAGCGACAAUGAUUCUGAUGUCAUCAUUCAGGAGGAAGAAAGAACUGAAAUUGUCCUAGAUAGUGAUGAUGAUGAUGAUGAUGUUAAGUCUGAGAAAAACCAAAGUGAAAGCCAGAAAAAUGAUUUAGAGAAUAAAGAUGAAAGAGAGAAAGAAAGAAAUAUCAAAAAAUGUGAAACUACAAAGGAUGAAAACCACACUAAAGACCGAGAAAGUGACAACACUGAAAUUGGAGGCAAAGGUCAUGAAGAAAAAGAUGACAAAUCUAUUGUGAAAGAGGAAAACGAUUUAGACAAACCUUCUGUAAAUGAUGAAAGCGAUAAAGACAAUCUUAAUGUCAAAGAGGAAAACGAUGAAGACAAAUUUAGUGAAAAAGAGGAAAAUGAUAUAGACAAACCUUCUGUAAAAGAGGAAAACAUUGAAGACAAACUUAGUGAAAAAGAGGAAAACAUUGAAGACAAACCUAGUGAAAAAGAGGAAAACAUUGUAGAUCAACCAAAAGAAUUAGAUGAAAAUUAUGAAAAAUGUGAAAACAUGGAAGAAAAUAAAACGGACAUGACUACAGACAGUAAAAUAGGUGAUGAUUCUGUUGAAAUGAAUAAAGGAGAACUAACAGAAAAAGAGGAACAUAGUAAUACUUCAAUUGAUGAUACUAAUUCUUCAAAAAAUGCAUUAGAAAAUGAAGACUGUGACUCAGUGCAAUCUGAAAUUUCAACUGAUGAAGCUAAAAAUCUUGCAGGUAGCUCGAGAAAGAGAUCUCAUUCUGACUGUGAGAAUAGUGAUGACCCUGAGGAGGACUCAAAGAAAAGAAAAACAGAUGAAGAUUCAGAUUCAGAUAAUAGUUAACGUAGUUUGUGUCAUAAUACUUAAAACAGUAGUCAGUUUGUAUUUAAAUGUGUAGCCAUAUUUUUUAAGAUUAUCAUUUAAUGUCAGACCUGUUUGGGUUUUAUUUUUUUUGUUAUUAUUUUUUACAGAAUUGUAGAAGAAAGUUUAUAAGAUAUAUAGAGUUAAUCAUGAAAUUGGUUCCCUUUUUUUCCUCAGAAAAGUCAAAAUUACAUAUUAACUGAUUUUCCUAGGAGUUCAUCUUUUGAAAAAUUAUUUUGAAUCUGUUGUCAGGUUUUAUUUAUUUUCAAGUAAUAUUUUUGAAAAUUUAAGUUUCAAACAUUUCGCUCCAUUUUUGAUAACACUGCAUGUCUAAUGUAGGCUAAAAAUAAUUUCAUCAAGUAUUAUAUGAACUAACUUUGAUAAUGUGUGCCGUACAUUUUUAUUAUGAAGUGAUUUGACUUUUAAAAAAUGCAAAAAAGGUCAAUUUGUAAAAAUCAUAAUUUAAGCAAAAAGAAUUGUUUAAGCAGUCAUGUCAGAUUUUCAUUAGAUGAAUAGUUUCGUGUUUGAUACAAGCAAAAUAUUUACACUUUGAUAUAGAAAUUUUUAUCAUAGUUAAAUUGUUCAUAAAAAUUCCCUGUUACUUUUGAUUGACUGAAAACUUGGUAACCAGGCAAUUUAUUAUUCUCAAUGGUCAAUUAUCAGAUUUCUUUUUCUCUGAUUAGGUUAACUGAUAAACUGUGUAAUUCUUUAAAAACAAAUCUAUUGUUGAGUCCUUAGCUGUAAAAAAAAAAAAAGACUGAAAUAAAAAGAUUGUUAAAACCUUUUUGAUUUCCAUUUGUAGUCUGCUUUUUGGGGAUACAUGAAAUUAAUUUAGAUAGCUAUAAAUUCAAGUUAUUUACUUGCGAAUAAUGUGACAGGUGGAAAUCACAAUGCUUAGAAGUAGCUUUCUAUAUUUUAUAUAUUUAUCUGAAAUCACAAUGAUUUCUGAAUUUACAGUAUUGUUUACUUUGAAUGGAACAAUAAAGGUUCUUGUAUACUGCUGUAAUUUUAUUCAAACAGAACUUUUAAUGUUUCAUGUAAAUGUAAUUGUAAUUGAAUAUUUGAUUAAAAAAGUUCAUUUCAUAAUGAACAGAUUAAUUUAUGGGUUAUAUGUAUGGAGAAUUACAAAAUCUAGCUUUUGAUAUACAAUGAAAUCCACAAAAAUUAGCUUAGUGCAAAUAAUGAAUGCAAUUCACUGUUCAAAAAGACGACAGAAUAGUUAAUAGGAAAAUUUUACUUUUGAAAGAAGAAUUUAGAAUUAGAAAAGUUACCUCCCUUAAAUAAUGGGAAGUCACAAGGGAGACUACUUUGUUAAUAGAUUAUUUGAUAAUGGUUUUUCUUUAACAAAAAUGUUGUUACAUGUAAUACUUGUGCUUAAAUAUCCUGCUGCAUUUCCAUGUGAUCAUUAUAAAUCAAAUAUGUAUGAUGCUUUUAAUCCUUAGGGCUUUUAUAUUUGAGAGGGGGAGUACUAUUUUCUUAGACAUAUAGGUGAAGAUUUUUUUUAUUGAUAAAGAAUGAAAUAAAUAUAUUUUUUUGUUAUCAAUUUACUUUUCCUUUUCACAAAAUUUAAUGAAAUUUUGAGUGGUAAAUUUUUUGGUAUUUAAAAGUACAACAAUAAAGAAUUAGAAUUGCACUGAAGGUGUUCUCAUACAUGAUAGUCUUGUAAUCAUAAUAUAUCUAUAAAGAAAAUCUAGUUAUAGAUAUUAGGAGAAUUCAAUUAGAUGAAUAAUUCUCGUUUUAAGUUUUCGAAGGUAAUUAAAUAAUUUUUCAAAUUAGGAGCAAUUUGCCUGUGUAAUCAAUCUUAAGAAUCUCAAAUGUUACAUUGUUAUCUCAUACAUGUUUUAAAACAUUUGUUAUGAUGUUGUGGCAUGCUUUAGAUUGAUAUAUUUUGUCUGGAUUUGAGUAAUUGUGGUACAUAUUAAGAAUUGGAAACGUCUAUUAAAUGAGUUUUUAUGACUGCAUGUUGUCUAGGGCAGUGUCAAGAAAGAAAAAAAACUAUUGCUUUAGAAAAGAUGAAUUAUAUUAAUUUCAUAUUGCCUGAAUUAAAUGUUUUCUUAACAACAAAAAGGGAUGGAUAAAGGAAGAUGUGGUGUGAGUGCCAAUGAGACAACUCUCCAUCCAAACAACAAUUCAAAAAUUAAACCAUUAUAGGUAAAAGUACGGCCUUCAACACGGAGCCUUGGCUCACACCGAACAACAAGCUAUAAAGGGCCCCAAAAUAACUAGUGUAAAACCAUUCAAACGGGAAAACCAAUUGUAUUUCAAGAAUUUUCUGAAGUAGAAAUUUAUAAAACAAAACAAUUAUUUCCAUUUUUUACAAAUUAACUCAAACUACUGAUAAAUAUAAAUAUGAUUUUUCUUGCCACAGACUGGUUGACAAAUAGCAAUUGUAGCAUUUGUGUUUUGUUAUGGUUAUUGUGACAUUUUGUGUGAAGAUUCUUAAUUGUAUUGGCACUUUUUUUCUCAUUAUUAUGCCCAUGAAGAUGCCAAUGUAUACUUGUGGCCACCAUCUGUGCCACUUGCUUUUAAAAAUCUCAAAUAUUUGAACGAUUAGCUGUGUAACCUUAAAUUCACUGUUGGUGGAAAUUUGGGGAACAUAACUUUUUAAACCUGGAUAGACAUCCAGACCCCUUUAGAAUAUUUUAUCAUCAAUGGAUGUCUUGAAAAAUAUAAUUUGCCUUCUAAAUAAGCACAAUCUAAUGGAGAGAAAAAACAAUAGUUCCAAUUCUGUUUUAAACUUUUUUCUUUUCUUUCUUUCUUACUAUCUUUUUCUUUCUUCUUUUUUUGUCACAUUUUCAAGAAAGGACCCUGUUUAAUGUGUAUAAUGUUAUAAAUGUAAAUAUGAAGGACAUUUAGAAAUAAUUCUUUAUAAAAUGUAUCACAAUAUUUAUUGCAUUUUUUCUUAUUUACUUUAAGACAAAAGCACCAAAAAUAUUUUUAGUAUAUUUUUACACCUUAAGAUAAUGUUCACAUUUAAUGAUGUCAUUAUGGUUUGGAAAACUAAAGUCAAUUUUUUUGUUAUAAAACCUUUUCAAAUAAUGAUGAAGUUUAUGAAAACAGUAAGUUAUAUAAUUAUUAACAAUGUGAUUGUUACAUGAACAGUAAUUAUGGUAUGAAAAGAAUUCAUAUAUAAUAUAAAUUGAUGUGUGUAUGUGUGCAAUUUUCAUAUUAAUGCUUACUCCCUAGUACAUUUAUACAAUGUCUUUGUUGUUGUUAAGAGGUGUGGUGUAAAUGUGAUAGAUAGUGCUCAUGUUUGUGUACAUAUAUAAAACUCCUCAUUGUAAUAAGAUAAUGGGAGAAUAAAAUAUAUAUAUUAUUGAA